AUGAAUUUUGGCUGGACGGAUGAGUGCGAGAAAGCUUUAAAUGAUAUCAAACAAUAUUUGUCAACCCUUCCAAUUUUGGUGAGUCCAAAAACUGGACAACCUAUCGGAGUUUAUCUGGCUGCAACGGAGAACGCUGUAAGUGCAGUAUUGUUUAUUACAGAUCCACAUGAAAAGCAUGUCUACUUCGUCAGUAAAUCUUUGACGAGGGCGGAAACACUGUACAAGAAAAUGGAGAAGAUAGCACUUGCACUACUAGCCAUAUGGUCAAAUUUUCUGGGGGCGUAUGAAAUCAAGUACGAAACAAGAACUGCAGAAAAGAGACACGCUCUGGCUGCACUACUAGCAAAUUUUCCUGUGGAUGAUAUAGAAACGGUUGCUGGCGAAGAAGAGGAGUUUUUUAAACCCACAGAGUCAGUCACUGAUCAGACUGGGGGCGAGUCAGCAAUGGAGGUUGAUACACCUGAACCAUUAUGGACAAUAUUUACUGAUGGGUCAUCAAAUAUUGGUGGAGUUGGAUGUGUCAUCCUUACUUCCGAAGGUUCGAGGAUCGAGAAAGCAACCAGGUUGGGUUUUCAAGCAUCAAACAAUGAAGCUGAAUAUGAAGCUGAAAUUAUCGGUUUAAAGGCUUUCAAACAGUUAAAUGCGAAGAACGUGAAACUGUGGGGACGAUCACGGGGAGAUACCGAGAACGUUGACAUCAAUAUAGAUGUUGACAGUCCAGUGAUAGAUGUUGAUAAUCCUGUUGAAAACACUUCAGACUGGCGUCACCCUUAUGUUCGGUAUUUGACAACCAGUGAACUCCCAGAAGAUGAGCAUCUCGCUUCGAAAGUGAAAAAGAAUGCUUGGAGAUAUUCAAUGAUCGAGGGACACAUGUACCACAAACCAGUAGCUUUGGAGCCACUUUUGCGAUGCAUGUCAGCAGAAGAAGGGCAGCAGAUAUUGGCGGAGGCUCAUGAAGGAAUAUGUGGCAUCCAUUCUGGAGGGCGCAGUCUCGCGCACAUGAUACUUACCCAAGGGUAUUUCUGGUCGUAUAUGAAGAAAGAUGCUAAAGAAUACGCGCAGAAAUGUGUGCCAUGCCAAGAGCACGCUCCGAUUCCUAAAAGGCCCGCCAACGAAUUGCAUCCAGUUUUUAGUCCCUGGCCAUUCUCUAUGUGGGGGCUAGAUAUUUUCGGACCACUUCCCAAAGCUCCUGGAGGCGUUAGAUUCGUACUAGCCUCUACUGAUUAUUUCACCAAAUGGGUCUAA